GCGACGGUUUUGUGGUCGCCCCUCCCUCGGAGCCGGGGCCGGCCCGCCGCAGCGCCUCUUCCUCGCGCGGAGACCCUUGGAGGAGGGGUCGGGUGCCGCGGGGUCCUGAAGAGAGAAAGGCGAAGCCUGUUCGAGAGCCUGUUCUGGGAAUCGGGAGACCUGGGUACCCGUUGUAUGUACUUCGGGGACGAAGCGAACUUCUGAUUCCUUCAGUUCUCUGAUUUCCAGAAGCCAGUGCUGUUUCUUGCUUUGCCACUUGACAAAGUCGAGCGGGUUGAAUGAUUAUAUGCGAGAGUUAUCAACUUCCUUUAAGCUUUUAAUCUCCUCUCAUAGCAACAAAAUAGGUACCUGUGAGGACAUAUAGACCCAAGACUUUAACAGCAGGUACUAUUGAAGGCUUUUUUCUAAAGGCUUCCCAUGUAUUAACUCAUUCAUGCAUCAUCACAACCCUAUAAAGUCAUUAUUUAGUCCAUAUGACGUUUGAGAAAUGACCUCGAAAAGGUUAAGUAACUUCCCACUAUCAUUUGCUCAUAUAUGGUAGAGCAGGGAUUCAAACCGAGUCCCGGCCCCGAAGUCCACGCCAUACUUCAGGUUUAUCAGAGGAAGACAAAUAUAAUCAGCGCAUCAAAACAGUAGAAAGUGCUGCAGUAGAGAUGCCUGCCCUCCCUCAAGAGAAGGCCCCAGAAGACAAACCAGUGUUGUUUGUGUUCCUAACGGCUUAUCUCUGGGUCAUUGUGAUCCAUCUCCAUUAUUGAGAAGAGGAUAAAAUCAAGAUUCCACAAUGCAGGUCCCUUGUUCUUCAUACAGGACAUUUUCCUUCAUGAUUUUUUUUUUUUCAGGCAAGAACACCAAGCCUGACACAACAGUGUUAAAUGACUUGUGGAAGCUGUGGAGUGUCAGAGAACCUGGUUGUCUGGGGUUUGCAUUUGGAGAAGGUGAAGACACAUGCUGAAGAAGGUGGAGGAGGCAUAUCCUGCAGGAAUGCCCAAGAGGACAGUUCAUGUACUCAUAUACCCAAAGCUUUCCCAGGACAGUGUUACUGUAACCAUAAUCAUCUCUGAGAAAGCACUUUGGAAAUAUCAUGAUUUUGGGAGAGAGUUUCCUCUAAACCUGAAACUACUGGACAGACAUUCCUUGUAUUACAAGCAGCAUGAGUUCCAGCCAGAUUCCACUGCACAUGAACCCUCAGAGUCGUAACAUGCGGAAGAAACCUUCAAAGUGUAGUGAAUGUGGGAAAUUCUUUACUCAGAGAUCAUCUCUUACCCAGCAUCAGAGGAUUCACACGGGAGAGAAGCCCUACAUAUGUAAUGAGUGUGGAACUUGUUUCCGUAAACAGUCAAAUCUUACUCAACAUUUGAGAAUUCACACAGGAGAGAAACCAUAUAAAUGUAUCGAAUGCGAGAAAGCCUUUCAAACAAAAGCAAUCCUUGUUCAGCAUCUGAGAAUUCAUACUGGAGAGAAACCCUAUAAAUGCAUGGAAUGUGGCAAAGCCUUUUGUCAGAGUCCAUCCCUUAUCAAACACCUGCGAAUUCAUACUGGAGAGAAACCGUAUAAAUGCAUCGAAUGUGGCAAAGCCUUUAGUCAAAGCAUUUGCCUUACUCGUCACCAGAGAAGUCAUUCUGGAGAUAAACCUUAUAAGUGUAAUGAAUGUGGGAAAGCCUUUAAUCAGAGUACAUGCCUCAUGCAGCAUCAGAGAAUUCAUUCAGGAGAGAAGCCUUACACAUGUACUAAAUGUGGUAAAGCCUUCACUCAGAACUCCUCCCUUGUUGAGCAUGAGAGAACUCACACUGGAGAGAAACUUUACAAGUGUAGUGAGUGUGAAAAAACUUUCCGCAAACAAGCACACCUUAGUGAACAUUACAGAAUUCACACUGGAGAAAAACCUUAUGAAUGUGUUGAAUGUGGGAAAUCCUUCAGACACAGCUCAGCGCUUGUUCGACACCAGAGACUUCAUGCUGGAGAAUAAAAUUUGAGAUAUAACAUUGUGGAAAGAUUUGUAUGAAAAUGCCAAUCUCCUACCCUCCCCGAAUUCUUAGAACUUUAAGACCCAGUCUUCAGCAGGGAUGAAUGUUCUGUAUGUUGAGCAAGACACAAAGUAUCCUGAAAGUUAAGAAAACAGACUCAGAACUAGGUAGUCUUGAGUUUGAUGCCUUCUCUGCCACUUAAUGGGUGUAAGACCAGAUCCUCUCUGAGCCUGUUUUCCCUAUCCUCCUCAAAAGUAUAAUGAGGGAAAAAAAAAAAGUAUAUUGUUAUCUUGAGAAUAAAAUGAGUUGUAUAUAAUAAAUAACUGCCAUUAAUUGGUUUUGAGUUAUAGAUGUUCCAGAAAUUAUAUAAAUCUGGCUACUGAAAACAAGCAAAGUUCGGCAUUAGAUUUUGGUUCUUAAUGUAUUUUCAAAAAAACAUUUUUUAUUUUUUUAUUUUUUAAAGAUUUAUUUAUUUAUUCAUGAGAGAUACCCAAAGAGAGGCAGAGACAUAGGCAGAGGGAAAAGCAGG